ACCACAGAAGCUCGACACGGAGACGAUCAAGGUCGGCGACCAGGGAUUGAAUUGCGAGCAGCUCAGGAAGCACGCCGAGAGGAUGGGCAUCGAGGUUGAGAUCAUGUUCUUCACGCUGCAGUUACUCGAGCCGAUCUACGGCACCGUGGACGCACCACUGUUGUGGCAGUUGGCUCUAGCACUACAUGUACUCGACGACUUGAAAGGUGUUCAGAGCGUGUUUGACGGCAAUGUGUUCAUGUGGGUCAGGAUACGUAACUUCAUACAUUUACCCACCGAGGUAGUCAUAGUGGAUGGACUGACGAAGACGGGCACAUCCAAGCUUUUGAUGGAGCACAUGACGACUGGAGCAUGGCACGUACUUCCACCGAAGGGCAAGUACAUCACGUUGAGGAAGAUCAACAAGACACAGGAUAUAUAUUCAGAACAGGAUUUGUUGGACCUCAAUGAGUAA